CUCAGAAACCUCUCUCCUGGGCUCCUCAGCCUUUUAAAGAUCUGUCUUGCUGAAGCUUCUGGUCCCUGCUCCCCACUGCUGCCCUCCCUCCAGCCUGCUCCCCUCCCCUCCUGCACCUCUGCAAUCCCCAGGCUCAGAGGUCUGGGGAACAUCAAAGUUCAAACUGCAAACUGGGAGGCAGAGAGCACCCCCCACCCCCCACCCAGCUCCUUUGCCCCAGACGCCCCAGCUGAGCUGAGCUGAGCUGAGCUGAGAAAGGAGGGAAAAGCUACCCACCCCCUUCUCCAGCGCUCCAGAAACGCUUCAGACAAAAGCACCUCUUAUUCCUUUAAGGCUGUCCCUGGAAGUCACUGCAGGAUGGGAGAGCAAGGGACCUGGCCGCCCAGACUCUGAGCCAACAGGUGAGGGCAGCCUCCACUGUGGGGCUAUGUUGAGGGCAGGAUGCUGGCCCGCAAGAGCAUCAUCCCCGAGGAGUAUGUGCUGGCCCGCAUCGCGGCAGAGAACCUGCGCAAGCCCCGCAUCCGGGACCGCCUGCCCCGGGCACGCUUCAUAGCCAAGAGUGGUGCUUGCAACCUGGCGCACAAGAACAUCCGUGAGCAGGGCCGCUUCCUGCAGGACAUCUUCACCACCCUGGUGGACCUCAAGUGGCGCCACACGCUGGUCAUCUUCACCAUGUCCUUCCUCUGCAGCUGGCUGCUCUUUGCCAUCAUGUGGUGGCUGGUGGCCUUCGCCCACGGGGACAUCUACGCCUACAUGGAGAAGAGUGGCUCCGAGAAGAGUGGCCUGGAGACCAUGGUGUGCGUGACCAAUGUCAGAUCCUUCACCUCCGCCUUCCUCUUCUCCAUCGAGGUCCAAGUGACCAUUGGUUUCGGGGGCAGGAUGAUGACGGAGGAGUGCCCACUGGCCAUCACCGUUCUGAUCCUGCAGAACAUUGUGGGCCUGAUCAUCAACGCAGUCAUGCUGGGCUGCAUCUUCAUGAAGACGGCCCAGGCCCACCGCCGGGCCGAGACCCUCAUCUUCAGCCGCCACGCAGUGAUUGCCGUGAGGAAUGGCAGACUGUGCUUCAUGUUCCGGGUGGGGGACCUCAGGAAGAGCAUGAUCAUCAGUGCCUCGGUGCGUGUCCAGGUGGUCAAGAAGACCACCACGCCCGAGGGAGAGGUGGUACCCAUCCACCAACUGGACAUCCCCGUGGACAACCCCAUCGAGAGCAACAACAUCUUCCUGGUGGCCCCCCUCAUCAUCUGCCAUGUGAUCGACAAGCGCAGCCCCCUGUAUGACAUCUCUGCCUCGGACCUGGCCAGCCAGGACCUGGAGGUCAUCGUGAUCCUAGAGGGCGUGGUGGAGACCACGGGUAUCACCACCCAGGCCAGAACCUCCUACAUCGCCGAGGAGAUCCAGUGGGGGCACCGCUUUGUGUCUAUCGUCACCGAGGAGGAAGGGGUGUAUUCCGUGGAUUACUCCAAGUUCGGCAACACGGUGAAGGUGGCUGCCCCAAGGUGCAGUGCCCGGGAGUUGGACGAGAAGCCGUCCAUCCUCAUCCAGACCCUGCAGAAGAGCGAACUGUCCCACCAGAACUCCCUGCGGAAGCGCAACUCCAUGAGGAGGAACAACUCCAUGAGGAGGAACAACUCUAUCCGAAGGAACAACUCCUCCCUCAUCGUGCCCAAGGUGCAGUUCAUGACUCCGGAAGGUGACCCCAAUGCAACGGAAUCCUGACAUACACCAUCCCCAAGGACAAGCUGUCUGCCUUCAGGGAUUGUCCUCACCCCAGUGCACUGAAGGGCCUUGGUAUUCCAGCAGCAGAUGCCAGGCAGGAGGAGGCAUGGCUCACAUCUGGGGCAUCUGUGCAACCACAGGCUUGAGUUAUGGGGAAAUGCUUUCGCCUCUCCCAUUUCAAAAUGCAAGACAUGCAAGGAUGGCAAGGGCCUUUGGGUAUGAAAGUUUUGCCAAAGGGGUUCAUUGUUUUUUGAAAGGCUUCCUGGGAGAAACCGAAGCUCUGUUUUUCUCUCGCUUACCCAGCAAAUGCAAACAGAAUAGGGGUUGGGGGAGAGAAUGAUAUCAUGCUGGGGAGGUUGGGGCAGAGCAGGCAGUGGCACACCUGGUUAAAUGCUCAUAGUACUAAGGAUGCCAGUUCAAGUCCACAGCUCCCCACCUGCAGAGGGAUACUUCACAAGCAGUAAAGCAGGCCUGCAGGUGUCUUUCUUCUCUAUCUCCCUGCCCCUUUCUCAGUUUCUGUCUGACUUAAUAAAAUUGGGGAAAAAAUGUUCACCAGGAUGGAUUCAUAGCACUAAGCCCCAGAAAUAACCCUGGAGGGUAAAAAAAAAAAAAAAAAAAUCACUGUUUACACUUUUUGAUGUCAACCAGUAUGUUGCCCUUUCUUCCUUCCUUUCUUCCUUUUUCCACCAGGGUUAUCCCUGAGGCUUGGUGCCCACACUACAAAUCCACCAUUUCUGGUGGCCAUUUUUUUUCUUUUUUUCCUUUCUAUUUUAUUUGAUAGGACAGAGAGACUGAGAGGUUAAGGGGGAGGAAGAGAGGGAGAGAUAAAGAGAGACAACUGCAGACCUGUUUUCUGGCUUGUGAAGCUUCAUAGUUGCAGGUGGGGAAUGGAGGAAGGGGCCUUGAACCAGGGUCUUUGUGCAUGGUGCUAUGUGCACUUAACCAGGUGUGCCACCACCUGGCCCCCACCUUUUUUUCCCCUCCCACAUCACUUGUCCUGAGAAUAUGUCUGUAGCCAAAACUGCUUAGUUCUUUCGGCUUUGAAGCAAAUUCUGCUCAUUUUCACAUGGUCUUAAUAAGGAGACGUCGGAAGACUUCUGGUCCUCUGCACACCGCCUCUUGGUGGGACUGUGCCAGGAGAUUUGGAGAGAAGAUAAGAACAUUCCAGACUCACAGAGGACUGGGUGCCUCAAAGGAACUGUUACUUCCUUCAGCCCCUUACUUCCUAAACUGCCCCCAAGACAGGGUAAAUACUGUACUGAAUGUUUUAUUAAAAUAUUUCCUUUGUA